AUGUUGUCACUGAGUUUAAAACGUGCGCUAGGAGUUGGAACACAACUGUUUAAAACACCGUCUAUUGCACUAACGUCAGCAGCAGUAGGUGGCGGUAACAGCUUGAGCUCGAACCAAUAUCGCGGCGCUGCAAAAUGGUAUCCAGAUCCUGAAUUCAUGAAACAAUUUAGCGGCGCAGUUAUGUAUCCCGAUGAAGUGACCUCCCUUUGGAAGGUUCCUCCAUGGAACAGCAAAGUGGUGCCUGUUGAGAAAUCAGUGCGCAAUCUGACGUUAAAUUUUGGACCUCAACACCCGGCUGCUCACGGUGUCUUGAGACUGGUGCUAGAACUGGAUGGCGAGACUGUAAUGCGCGCUGAUCCCCACAUUGGCCUUCUACAUCGUGGUACCGAGAAGUUAAUCGAGUAUAAGACCUACACUCAGGCACUACCAUACUUUGAUCGCUUGGACUAUGUUUCGAUGAUGUGCAACGAACAGUGCUACUCGCUAGCUGUGGAGAAACUUCUAAACAUUGACGUGCCACUGCGCGCCAAGUAUAUAAGAACUCUUUUCGCUGAAAUAACUCGAAUUCUCAAUCAUAUAAUGGCUGUUGGCACUCAUGCAUUAGAUGUGGGUGCACUGACUCCAUUUUUUUGGCUAUUUGAAGAGCGUGAGAAGUUAAUGGAAUUCUAUGAGCGCGUUUCGGGAGCACGUAUGCAUGCAGCCUACAUACGUCCCGGUGGAGUUUCAUUAGACAUGCCAUUAGGUCUUCUGGAUGAUAUAUAUGAGUUCGCAUCAAAGUUUGGUGAGCGUUUGGAUGAAGUUGAGGAUGUUCUGAGCACAAAUCGGAUCUGGGUGCAACGUACUGAAGAUAUUGGAAUUGUUUCGGCCGAAGAGGCGCUUAACUAUGGAUUUAGCGGCGUAAUGUUGCGCGGCUCUGGCAUCAAAUGGGAUUUGCGCAAGCAACAGCCCUACGAUGCCUAUCAUCUUGUUGAUUUCGAUGUCCCGAUCGGAACCAAAGGAGAUUGUUAUGAUCGGUAUUUGUGUCGUAUUGAAGAAAUGCGUCAAUCCUUGCGCAUCAUCGAUCAAUGUCUUAAUCAAAUGCCACGUGGAGAGGUGAAGACCGAUGAUGCGAAGGUAACACCACCAUCUCGCAGCGAAAUGAAAACAUCCAUGGAGGCCUUAAUUCAUCAUUUUAAGCUAUUCACCCAAGGAUAUCAGGUGCCACCAGGGGCAACCUAUACGGCAAUCGAAGCCCCAAAGGGUGAAUUUGGUGUCUACCUGAUAUCAGAUGGCUCAAGCCGUCCAUAUCGCUGCAAGAUUAAAGCACCAGGAUUUGCCCAUUUGGCAGCCCUAGAGAAAAUUGGUAAGCAGCAUAUGUUAGCCGAUGUGGUUGCUAUUAUUGGAACCUUGGAUGUGGUUUUUGGCGAAAUCGAUCGAUAACUGUUUUUACUGCGUACU